AGCACUUAUGACCCCGACCGCCGCUUUCGAGCAACGCGAUGCGCUGGUGGUGAGCGCCACGUUCCUGCGCACAGCGUUCGGCGGGGCAUCGGCCGCCUACUCUCUAUGGCUGGGUCAGUCCUGUACGUCCGUCGUGGUGGUGCAUUUAUUGCUGCCAAGCGACGCCAUCGGCUCCGUGCGGCUCUCGUCCGACCGCUUGUGUUUCACUCCCGAUACAUUCGCCCAGCCUCAGAUUGUGCGCGUGGAGGCACUGGAGAAUCGCCAGCAGUGGAGCGUCAUCACACACCGUCUCUACAGUCUCGAUCGCAACUACGACCGAGUCGUGACGCCCAAUGUUGUGGUGCAGACAGAGGCCACACCUCUCGAGUGUCCGUUGCUACGUUCGGAGGCCUCACAACGAAGCGCAAGACGGCGACUACGGACUCCUCCACGCGGCUAG